ACGUGAGUGGUGGCUGGGAAGUCGAACCCCCUGGAAAUUGAGGGCGGGCCGUCCGCGCAUCCUUUGACCAUGCACCCACCCUGAUCACCACCACGCUCCAUUCAUUCCAUCACGGCUUCGGUAGGCGACGCGUCUCACCUGCACAUGUCUCCGAUGCAUAAGGCACUCGCACACCGCACUGCUUGGCCUGGCAUGGGCCGAUCGACAGACAGCACAGGCCUUUUCUCUACCGGCGACAGGCUCUUGCUUCAUCUGACGAGGUGAGGUGAGGUGAGGGUGCCUGGCUUUCCACCAUCCAUUUGAUCCCUCCAGUCCUUCUCCUUCUUAUCACCCAAGUGAUCACUGUUGUUUUCGAUCCUCAGAGACUUCUGUUGCGUGCUCGUCACCAUGUCUUUGCAGAGCGACCACUCGAUCCACGAUGACAAGGCGCCUCGGAUAUCCUCCAGUGUUCCGCAUGAGUCCUCGGCAGCAGCAGCCGCCGCCGACAAGAACGUAGAUGGCGCGUGGCAGUUUUUGGACCAGCACCGCGAUGCCGAGGGCGCCGGUAUCGAUCUCAAGGCGCUCAGGCGCAAGGUUGACUGGCACGUUGUCCCUCUCAUGUUCUGCUGCUACACCAUGCAGUUCCUCGACAAGGUCAUCCUCAACUACGCCGCCGUCAUGGGCCUGACCACGGACCUGGGUCUCGUCGGCAACCAGUUCAGCAACAUUGCCACAUUUCUCUUCGUCGGCCUUCUCUGUUUCGAGAUCCCCAACAUCUGGUUCCUGCAGAUGGUCCCGGCCGCCAAGUGGCUGGGCCUCAACGUGACUCUAUGGGGCGUCGCAACGGCAUGUGGUGCGGCCGCCACGGGCUACAAAUCCAUCCUGGUCUCGCGCAUCUUCCUGGGCGUCUUUGAAGCCACCGUCGGCCCGUCGCUGAUGCUGAUCAGCAGCCAGUGGUACACAAAGUCCGAGGCCGCGCCCCGGUUCUCCUUCUGGUACCUGGGUCUCGGCCUGGGCCAGAUUGUCGGCGGUGCCAUCUCGUACGGCUUCCAACACAUCCCCGCCGGGCAAGGCCUCGCCGGCUGGAGGAUCAUGUUCAUCACACUCGGCGUCGUCACCGUGGUGAUCGGACUAAGCACGCUGGCCUUUAUGCCGGACACGCCCAUGAAGGCCAAGUGGCUGAGCGAUGCCGAAAAAGUCGCGCUGCUCAAGCACGUGAGCGUCAACCAGACGGGCAUCGAGAGCCGCAAGUUCCGUCCCAAGCAGAUUGUCGAGGCCCUUUUAGAUCCGCAGAUGUGGCUGUUGACCGUGUCGGUGGUCCUGCUCUCCGUGUCGAGUGGCGUCGUGACAACCUACUCGGCCACGCUCAUUCGCAACCUCGGCUACGUCCCGAAGCAAGCCGCCCUCAUGAACAUGCCCUCGGGCGUCGUGAGCAUCUUCUUCACACUCCUUGUCGGCUUUGGCAUUCGCAAGGGCGGUCACCGCUGGGCGUGGAUCAUUGCUUGCAUUAUCCCUGCCAUCCUGGGCGGCGCCCUCAUGUCCUUUCUGCCGCCUACGAACCGCUCUGGCGUUCUCGCUGGUGUAUAUCUGGUCAACGCCGUUGUGGCCCCUUUGACGAUCUUCUACAGCUGGACGGCAGCCAACUUUGGUGGUGCCACGAAGCGCGCCUUUGCAACCGCCAUUGUCAGCGGCUCCUUUUCGCUCGGCAACAUCAUCGGGCCCCAGACCUUCCAGGCCCGCGACGCACCCGAGUACCGGCCGGCCAAGCUCGCCGUCAUGGGCACGCAGGCCGGCUGUGCGCUCACCACGUGCCUGCUUUUCGCGUACUACGUAUGGAGCAACAAGCGCAGGGAGGGCGAGCAUGUCGCAAAGGAAGGGGAGUUUAUGGACCGCGAGGUCUGGGCUACGCUGACGGACCGCGAGAACAAGGCGUUCCGGUACACGUACUGAGAUCAGCAGGCGGAAGCAAGUGUACAUUAAUCUGAUGGUAUUUCAACAGCGAGGCGCCAAACCCCGGAAUAUAUAUAUAUAUACUUUGGUAUCGACAAGAGACAAGUUGACGUUUAUAGACGCG